AGUCUUCUAGACUAUUAGGUUAUGUUAUAAACGAAAACUAUAAAUAUUUAAUUAAUAGAUAUACGAACUAAUAUUUUUUAUUAAGUUUAACUAAAAAUGAUUAGGAAUAAUUGUUGGGUGUAGUGAUUAAGUGAUAAAUGGGAUACACUUUUCUAUGUUCGAAACCAUUUAGCUUUUUAGUUUCCACAUUGACAAUUUUUAGAUUUCCUUUUUUACCAUUAGGUAUCAUGGAUAUAGCAGGAUCUAGUAAAUUAGAGAAUCUUCUUCAGCGUCUGGAUUCAGCUGAGAGACGUGCCAAAUUAUUAAAUACCGAAGUUAAGAGUAUUAGAAAAGAAAUUGUGAUAUUAAAAAACACCCUUAAUUGUGAUUUACCUAUAGGAAACAACUUUACUGUUAAUAAUUUCUCUACAAAGAAUAGAAAUAAAGUAACUACAUGUUCAUCUGAUGAUGAGACUGAUUGUCCUGUGGAUACUAAAAGAUUUAAAUCAAGUUUUGAAGAAGAUGAUGGUUACGUAACUGUUUUUACUGAUGGAGCUUGUGAAAAUAACGGAAAAUCAAAUGCUAAAGCUGGGAUUGGUGUUUGGUUCGGAGACAAUCAUCAACUAAAUAUAUCAAAACCAGUCGAGGGUAGAGCUACUAAUAAUACAGCAGAAAUACAAGCUUGUAUUGAAGGUUUAAAAGUAUUGGAACAACAAGGUGUCAAGAAAGUGAAAAUUUUCACCGACUCCCAAUUUACCAUCAAUUGUAUGACAAAAUGGAUAAAAAAUUGGAAGAAAAACAAUUGGAAAACUGCGUCUGGAGGGGACGUUAAAAAUAAAGAAGAUUUGAAAAUAUUGGAUACCGUGAUUAAAAGUUUUUUAGAUGUAAAAUGGGAACUACCGCCAUAUCUAAGACGGGCCAGUUAUUUCUUAGACAAUUUCACAGUAAAUCUUAUUUUACCUAAAAUUAAUACUUUCAAUACUAGUGUUGAAGUCUUUGUUAAAAGUGUCAUAAAAUUUUUAAUUAAGUCGAGUUGUAUUAACAAUGUCAGUUUUAUAAAAUUGUGUUAAUAGCUCUUUUAAAAUCAAUGAAAUAGUAAAGAAAACGUUGACAAUUGAACGUAAAUUUACACGAUAGAAAAGGUGAUUAUAUAAAUAAAAAAUUGUUGAUGAGGUAUUAUUUUAAAUGUGUAUUUAUCGGAACAUCUGGUAUCGAUAAAAACAAUAUUAAAAAAAACGUUGAUAAAUCAAUAAUGGCAAGUAGCUAAACUAAUAGCAGACGUAGUAGAUCCGUAACUCACCUUCUCGAAUAGAGAAGGAAUUAUAGUAGAGAGAGGAAUGAUAAAAUACAUGGCAACCACCUCACUCACGUGAGUCUUCAGCAGGCGAGCCGGAGAAGAUCAAGCAGAGAAAGGAAGUGCAUAGCGCCGUUUAGUCGGUGUCGACAAUCGACACACACACGCGAAAAUAACGCGCAUUCCGCUGAAUCCGCUAGUUCUGGUGUACGUACGUUCGGUUUGACGCGUCAACGACCUUGAACUGUUGUCGAUCAGUGACAAUUUUAAUUGGUUCGAUGAUAUUUUGAUGAUUUUAUUGAUACCAUUUAUUAUUUGGUUAGUUUUAUGGUAUUUAGUCGGUAGUGGUUACGUAUCCGAUACACGUGACUAUUAUGACGAACGUAAAUAAAAUAAGGGUGGUUGUUUUGGGGAGUUCCAGAGUCGGAAAAUCAGGUCAGUGAAUUUGGUUUAUUUUUAUUUAUUUGUUUAUAUAUUGUGGCGCCAGGUGAAUUUUUAAUAUGGAGACUAGAGGAAAUGGAUUUUAAUUUUGAUUUUCGUUGUAAACAGUGAGAUAUUUUUUGAUGAAUAAAUUGUUAAAUUAAAAAAUUAUGGAAAACGGUAUACACGUGAUCUAUUGCCAGUUUUUCAAUUAAUAUUCAGUCAAGUUUGAUAGAUUUUUGUUCAUAGUAUUUAACUGAGCUUUGAAAGCAUUUUAUUUAUAAAAAAAUCGAAAUAUCUACAUUAUUUUUUGGGAAACAUAUGGUAAUUUCAAGAAAUUAUCAAAAACAGAAACCACGAAAUGUUCUAUAAGUUUUUGAAUCAAAUUUCAUCCGAGUUAAAUAGAUUUAAAUGCUUUUUGUGUUUAUAGUAUUCAGCACAGUCUCGAAAGCAUUUUAUUUAUAAAAAAAUCGAAAUAUCUACAGUAUUUUUUGGUAAAUUUAUGGUAAUUUCAAGAAAUUAUCAAAAACAGAAACCACGAAAUGUUCUAUAAGUUUUUGUAUCAAAUUUCAUCCGAGUUAAAUAGAUUUGAAUGCUUUUUGUGUUUAUAGUAUUCAGCACAGUCUCGAAAGCAUUUUAUUUAUAAAAAAAUCGAAAUAUCUACAUUAUUUUUUGGGAAAUUGAUGGUAAUUUCUUAAAAUUAUCAAAAACAGAAACCACGAAACGUUCUAUAAGUUUUUGAAUCAAAUUUCAUCCGAGUUAAAUAGAUUUAAAUGCUUUUUGUGUUUAUAGUAUUCAGCAGAGGUUUGAAAGCAUUUUAUUUAUAAAAAAAUCGAAAUAUCUACAGUAUUUUUUGGUAAAUUUAUGAUAUUUUCAAGAAAUUAUCAAAAACAGAAACCACGAAAUGUUUUAUAAGUUUUUGAAUCAAAUUUCAUCGAAGUUAAAUAGAUUUAAAUCAUUUUUUAUCUGUAGUAUUCAACACAGUCUCGAAAGUAUUAUAUUUAUAAAAAAAUCAAAAUACCUACACUCUUUUUUUGGUAAAUUAAUCCUAAUUUCAAAAAAUUAUAAAAAAAAAAGAAGUUACAAGAUCUUUUUUAAGGUUAUCAUUCAUUUAAAUGCAUUUUUUUUCAUUAUAAUAUUGAAAAGUGCUUCAAUCAUACCAUAAAUACCACUCUGUAUAUUGUACAAUCUCACUCAUUCAGAUUUUUAUCAAAUAACUCCGUUUUCCGAAACAUUAAUAAGUUCUCUUCAGUCUAAACUUUUGAAUUUAUUUAUAUAAUAUAUAACUAUCUCAAAAAAUUUUUUCCGUAGUUCAAAUUAUAAAAAUCCCUGUAUAUAUGAUAUAGCAACAUAUUUUGUGAAAAAUUUUUAUAGGUAAGCAGAGAAAUUUUACGUAAAAUUAAAAAAUUAAUGAGCGUAGAGACGACCUGAAUACAAUUCUGUAUAAUAAUGUACUUUAUUAUUUUUCAUGUAUAAUAAAAAUUCUAAAAUG